GUAGAUUUUGUUCGGAAUUGUGGGGAAUUGAUUAUUUUUACAGAAUAAAAUAACACAUGCUUAACAAUGAUUCAGUGGUAAUCGUAAAUUUUCUUUACAUAUGUGAAUUAUUAUUCAAUCCGAAAUGUGGAUACCAUCGAAAACUCCGAAACUAGCCGUCGCGGUCUACAACUGGAAAGGGGAUGUUCGAUCAGGUUUACCUUUGGAAAUAGGUGAAACUGUACAGAUAUUGGAGGAAAAUGGAGCUUGGUUCCGUGGGUUCAGCACAAAAAACAGAUCAACAUGGGGUAUUUUUCCUGCCUGUGUUGUGUCUCUCAGACCGUGCACUGUGAAAGGCUCUGGGGCAACAGCUGUUGCUGAAUUGAAGGAUGAUCCUUUAGUUCGUGAAAUUGCAUGUGUAUUGAGAGAAUGGGCUAGGCUUUGGAAGAAAUUAUACGUGGAACGUGAAACGUACAGAUUCAGUGCAGUUGCGAAGGUAAUGAGGGAACUGUUAAGUGGACGGCGUGCUCUUCUCGCGGGGACCCUAACACAAGAUCAGACUAGGGCACUAAGACUGAAGCUUGUUUCUAAACUAGAUUGGGGCAAUAGGAAGCUGGGUCUGGAGUUAGUACCGCGACGAGGGGCAGAAGCAGUCGAACCCGAAGAUAUAAGCCUCGUUGAGCUUUAUCGAGUUCAUGUCGAAAGCGCGGAGAGAGCUGCUGCGUGGCGCGGGACCCUGCGUCGGGCUGGCGGCUCAGGCAGCAGUUUCAGCUCGGGAACGCUCACCAACAACUCGAAUAAUGCUCCGCCCACGACCACGGCUCAGUCCCACCACCUCAUGUGCAGCAUGCGAGACUUCGGUCACACCGCUGGCGGCGACGAAGCAGAGCUACUGCUGUGGCUUCAUGACGCCAGACGAUCGCAGCCGCUGUCGGAACGUUUCAGGAUCCGUAUAGCUAGAGAUGGAUUCUCUAAUUAUGUAGACCGCCUCCACGCUAACAGCACUUUAUUUGCCGACUUGUCGACAACAGACCUGACCAGGGAGCUGUGGUUGGUCGCGUGGGUGAUACGGGUGGGUCGAUGGGCCGGCGCGGGCAGUAGUGGUAGCGGCACCGGAGAGAGACGGGGCCCGGUGGCUAGAAGACCUCUGGGUGCCGGUGUGCUUUCCUUAGCAGAUUUCCUUAGACAAACCGGGCAGCAUCCUGCCGAAAAAGAGUACACCUUCAAAGUAUACCAAUGCGAGGAGAAAGACUUCCAUCAGCUACAUGACAUGCUUAUACGAAAGCAAACAAACAAGUGCAAUAUUUUACCCGGACAACCCAACUACGGUAUAGUAGUUGCUCUUCGUCUUCUUGCAAAUUCUGGUAGCGUGACGGAAGCUGUUGCGUCAGGCGCCACCAUCACUGCGAAACGUGGAUUCCCUGACGUCAUCAUGCCGGGUGACGUCCGCAACGACCUCUAUCUCACCUUGGAGAAGGCUGAAUUCGAACGCGGCGGCAAAAGCACGGCUAAAAACGUUUUAGCCACUGUCACUGUGCAUGACAAUACGGGACAAGUAAUCAGUGACUGCGUGUGGGGCGCAAGCGGGAACGGCUCGACGUCCUACGAGUCACUGGUGCUUUACCACAACAACAGCCCGGCGUGGGGCGAGCAGCUGCGGCUGACCGUGCCUCUGGAGACCUUCACCCACGCGCACGUCAGGAUCGAGUUCAGGCAUUGUUCGACUCGAGAUAAGAAUGAACGAAAGCUGUUCGGGUUUGCCUUCGCAAGGCUGAUGGAGGCGAGCGGAGCGACACUUAGGGACGGAGCACACGAGCUGCACGUUUAUAAAUGCGAUGACCCUUCCAAGCUGCUAUCAGCAAGUUACCUGUCGCUGCCGUCGUGCGCCAACGACGCGGCGCGCGCGGCGCCCCCCAACGGCGUCGUGCCCUCCUUCCAGAGAAGCUCCAAAGAGAAUUGCACCAUCAGCACGUUGUUGUGUUCCACUAAGCUAACUCAAAACGAGGACCUGUUAGCCCUCCUCCAAUGGCGCGCCCACCCUGAGAAAGUUCAAGAAACAUUACUGAGGGUGCUCCGGCUCGGCGACGGACUGAGCUGCGAAGAGCUCAUCAAGUUCCUCAGAGACGUUUUAGAUGCUUUAUUCGCUUUGUUCUCCACUGAAGAUGGUAACAGCACCCCACACUCUGGCACCGUGUUCUUAGUGCUUAUAUCGAUAUGCAGUUUGCUUGACGAAAGCAGAUUCCAACAUUUUAAGCCGGUCCUUGACGUGUACAUCGAAGAACACUUUUCUGCUGCCCUUGUUUACAAAGGUCUCCUGUCGUCCGUCCAACACUGCGCGGAGUGGGCCGCCGGGGCCGAGGGGCAGGAGCCGAUCCGCAAGUGUCUCCGCUCGCUGGGCGCUGUGUUCAGACUGGCGGUGCAGUCCCGCAGACUGUUCGCUCGUGCGACUGGCGGACAAUACGAGGACAGCUUUAGGAGGGACGUUCGAGCCGCCCUGCACGCCCUGAAGGCAUUCGCUCAGCAUCCGCACAGGGAACAUCUGGCGCCAGCACAGAUAGCGUUGAUGACGUCAUGGGCGAGCGUGGCGCGCGAGGUGUCGGCGGCGCUGGGCGCGGCGGAGACGGCGCGCGUGUCGGCGGCGGUGCUGGACGCGCCGGUGUCGCCGCCGCCGGCUCUAGCGCACGCACGUCUCGCCGCCGCGCAUCACACGCUGCGGGGGCCGCUCGGCGAGGAUCCCGAGGCGCGCAACAUAAUACUGACGACGGCGUGCCACCACUUGCGCGUACACCUGGCUCGGCGCGACGAACUGUUCCAGUGCGCAGAGAUGCUGGGCGAACUCGUCACGUUGCUCUGGAAGAAGAGAGAUCCGGAACUAUUGGCUGACGAUGACGAGCUCGAUCCGGACGUGGACGUGCUGUGUCUGAACACGCUCGACGUGCUGGUCGAGACCGUACUGCACUUGAUCGGAGGCAACUCGCCCGUGCUCGGUUCGAUGGUAGCGGCUUUACUGGGCGUAAUGGAACUGCUGAGGCCAAUACAUUAUCAGCGACUGUGGAGCCAUCUCGCCCCUCAUCCUCACGAUAGGAAACCACUAAAGGACUUCCUCAUGCGAGCUUUUCUCGUAUUUAGGCAUCUUAUUGAACAAGACGUGUUUCCACCAGACUGGAUGGUACUUCGCGUACAGAGUUGUAAAGUUUUAUUGUCAGCUCUACAAGAUCUCGCAGAGCCGUUGCUUGAAAGGUUUUUGGGAGAAGAACCACCUCAGUUCGAUACACAGCUGUGGUCGGGGUACAUGGAGUUGGGCGUGUCGCUGGUGACGGCGGGCGCGCUGCAGACGGAGCGGUGGCACACGCCGCGCAUGCGGGCGCGCGCCGCCACGCACGUGCUCGCCGUUUGGAACAUGCUCGGCCCGGCCCAGCUCCACAUGAUACCGGGCGCGGUGGGGGCGCUGCUAGAGAUCACCCUGAUCAGCGAGCUGCGUCGCGGUGCGCUGGGCGCGCUGGUGUCGCUGAUGGCCGCGGAGCGCGCCGCCACGGGCUCGGCGCGGCGCACCGAGGCGGCGCUGGUCGACAAACUGGACUCGCUCGUCGCCGAGAACAAAGCGGACGAUCACUAUCGACGUCUGUUCGAUACUGUGCUCAUGGAGAGGGUGUCGACGGAGGGGUGGCGGGAGGCGGGCGCUGCGUUCGUGGGCUGCGUGACCCGCCUGCUGGAGCGGCUGCUGGACUACAGGGCCGUCAUGCAGGGCGCCGAGCACAGGGACAAGAGGAUGGCUGCCACCGUCAAUCUCUUGAAUUUCUACAAGAACGAAAUCGAUCGCAAGGAGAUGUAUCUCCGUUACGUUUACAAGCUGCACGACUUACACAUCGCCUCUGAUAAUUUUGUCGAAGCCGGAUGUACACUAUUGUUGUAUGCGGAAACGUUGAGUUGGGACAGCGACCAGACCGGAGUGGACUCGGAACAUCCCGACACACCCGAGUGGAAGCGAAAGGAAGCUCUGUACAAUCAAGUGCUGCAGUACUUCGAUCGUGGGAAGUGCUGGGAAAAAGGAUUGCCCCUCCUCCGCGAAUUGGCAACCCUAUACGAAAUAAAGCUGUGCGACUACGCGCGCUUAGCGUACUGCUUACGUAUGAACGCGACGUUCUUAGACUCGGUAAUGGAACAGCUGAGGCCGGAACCCGAGUACUUCAGGGUUGGUUUUUACGGGAAAGGAUGCCCGUUGUUUGUCAGGAACAAGCAGUUUGUGUACCGCGGUCACGAGUACGAACGUAUCGGCGCGUUCACUCAGCGACUGCAGGCGGAGUACGUGUCGGCUCACAUACUCAUGCGGAACACGCCGCCGGACGAGUCGGUCAUAGCCAACGACGGACAAUAUAUUCAGAUCUGCAACGUGAAGCCCGUGCCGGCGCGUCGCAGCUGGCCGAGCGGCGCGCCCGACCAGGUCAAGCGGUACUACGCCUGCAACGACGUCGACACGUUCCUCUGCGACCGCCCUCUGCAGAAACCUCCCAUUGACAAGGACAACGAGUUCAAGAGUCUCUGGAUCGAGAGAACAACGUUAGUGACUGAGAGUCCUCUACCGGGUAUACUUCGUUGGUCGGAAGUAGUCUCACGUUCGGUCGAGGAAAUACCACCAGUGGAGUUCGCAUGCGAAACUAUGGAAGCGACCGAGCGCGAGCUGCGCAGUCUGAUAUCCCAGUACACCGCGGACCCGAUGCGCAACAUCAACCCGUUCUCGAUGCGGCUGCAGGGCACUAUAGACGCGAACGUGCAGGGCGGCAUCAGCAAGUACGAGCAGGCGUUCCUGACGUCGGAGUUCGCCCGCAGCGCCGCGCCCCGGGAGGCCGCCGCCGCCGCCAAGCUGCGCCGCCUCGUGGGCUCGCAGCUCGCCGUGGUGGACGCCGGCCUGGCGCUGCACGGCCGCCUCGCGCCCGACGAGGUCAAGCCGCUGCACAGACGUCUUGUGGAGAGGUUCAACCAACUACGUCAGAAUUUGGGUCCCGGCCUGGCCCGAGCUCGGCGCCAGCUGUCCGAGAGCAUUGUCAAUACGCCGCUACCUCCGGUUCCUGCCCUUGAUAAGAGAUCUCAAAGUAUUCAACAGACCGAAAAUUACUACGAAGAGGGACAUUUCUAUGAUAAACCAUUAUCAGUUGAAGACCCACUAGAGCAGACCAUGAUGUCGGCCAGUUUACCCGUGUGCGACAAUCGCGACUGCAACGACGACGGCUCGAUGGUGAAGUCGGCGCCGCCCUUACCUACCAGGCCCAGGUCCGGGGAUCCACGGAGCCCUACGCGCCCGUCCACGGAUAAAUAUCGCGACUCGAUCGAUGUUGAUUUCGUCGAAACCCGUCGUCACAGUAGAACGUCGUGGAGCGAACCCACCGAUGCCCCGCCGUUGCCCCCUCGCGUGUCCGGGGGAGGUGUCCGGUCGUGGUGCGACGCGCCCCCCGCGCCCCCGCGCCGCGCCCGCUCCGACCCCGCAGACGACGCGCGCGACUCCGGCGUCAGUGUGGACGCGCACGCCUACACCAACGCGGACGAACACCGCAUGCAUAAAGAUCUCGACCUAACAGUCGAAUCCCUUCGCUACGAAGAAAUCAUCUCGAUGAUGUCGGAGCCUCUUCGGGUGGGAGAUGACGAGAUACCCCCACCGAUACCUCCGAAGGGGCUCGGACAUAUCAGCAGCUUCGAUUCCGGCCAUCACGAAAACGGUGAAUCGCAUUGUUAAUACCGUAAAAUUUCUCUCGGUUGAGAUUACCAAAGAAGGAGGCUAUGUACCAAUGUUGAGGUCGAUAUUCGGUGGAUCUCGGAGUCAGUUCUAUCUUCUACCUCGUUCGCAGCCAGCAAGGAACUCAUUUAAAUAGACUUUAAUGAGAUUAAGAUUGAAGAACGGGCAGAUCUCAAAUAAAUAAUCAAGUGAUGACUAUUGAGGUAUCUGCAGAGAGAAAAAAAUCUGCGCCAGAAUAAUUAAUGAAAAUAAUUUCAACGUAGUCGUUACAAAUGUUUUCUGUUCAGUAAUUUUAUCUUCUCAUUUCUAAUAUCCGGUGUUCAUAUUGUUCCAUGUUUAAUAUAGAAUUAAUUUUACUUUGUAGGUUAUAAAUAUUAUUAUGAAUUACGUAUCGCCUGACGUAAAUUUUUAGCAAUGUUUUUUAACUACAAUUUACCAAGUUCUUCCAAUAGGCAGUUGUUACAUUACAGGAUGAAUUUUUAUAUCUACAAAUCAUGUAGUAGUUAAUCUAAGCAAUAGACAUCGCUAAAAUUAGAUGCGAUUUUUAUGAAGAAAAUGAGUUUUUGUAUACUUUUUUUUAAAAUCUAUAUACAUUUUAUAUUUUUUUAAUAUAAUGUCUACUAAAUAAAUUGCUUUCCAAGAUUUAUUUGUCUAGUUUCUAAGGGUAGAUGUCGUUUGAUGUUUCUUGUCGGACCGCGUGCGAGAUUAAAGAUUUGUCAAUAUUUAUUUGACGAGGCCAUAACUUGGUGAUAUCUAAUUGAAUGUAAAUAAAAAUACACCAAAGUACAAUAAUAUAUCUGAUCAUUUAUUUUUAUCAUUUUAUAAUCUGUGCUUCUUUUUACGAAUACAAUAGCUAUACGCCAUUUAAAAAAAAUGGCGUCUUAAUUUAUUCAUAGGAAAAAUUAUCGGAAUUCUAUCUUUUUAAAUACAACAAGUAAGCUACAAUAAAUUUGUUUCAACAAAAAACGUGUCCACGUCGGAUCGAUGGUUUUAGUGAUGUUCUGUAUACAGCUUCCAGUGUCCAAUCGAUUGGGUCUUUUAAUUGAUUAGCUUCUUGAAAGAAUUGGCGUAACAAAAAAAUAUUAAACAAAAAUUCCGUUCCAUUCAACAUAUUGUAUUAUUUAAUUGCUCAAUUUAAGAAUGCAAUAAAUAAUUUAGGUUUGCGUUGUGUAACCAUUUAACUUAAACAUGAAGUCUGAAACUUUAAUACUAUAUAAAUUGAAAAUGUGAUCUUUGAAAAAAAUUUUUUGGCGUCUUAUAUUUUAUUUAACAAAAUUUUAUUUAAUUAUUACUUAUAUUGAAAAGACAAACUAAUGACAAUGCAAAUAUUAUUAUAUUGAUUAAUUUUGAACUUUUUUAAUGUUCGAUCUCUUAAUAAACGAAUUGUUUUGAGGUAAAGUAAAUAAAUAAUUACAA